AUGCUUGUAACAUUCACUCCAGGAUUAAGGAAGAUGGAAGGGAAAGAGAAGAAGGGACCUGAGGAGGAGGAGGAGGAGGAGGAGGAGGAGCAGGAGGUUGUCGUUGAAGAAGAAAAGGUCGAGCAGGUGAUCGACAAGGUCGAGGAGCAAGGUAAAAAUCACGGUGAUCAGAGUAAGGCUGUAGGAGGUAAAGGUAAAGAGGGUACAUUUUUGUGUCAUCAGGUAAGAUCAGCUGAGACGGCUUGGAGGGAUGAAGAGGGUGACCAGACUCUGUUCCAGUGA